CAAACACAAAAUAUAUCAUUCGAAGCGGUCCCAAAAGUUCUCAUCAUACACACUCAACAUUUGAUAUCAAAGAAAAUUAGUUGCAUUAGCAUUUUCGUUUCAUUAAAAUCAAUCAAAAACUGUGCUAAAUCAACGAUAAUAUGUUUUAAAUAGUCAUAAAUCACAAAACAAAUAUCAAUCUUUGGAAUUUAUUUAGCCCAACUAAAAUAUGAGCGCCUUUCUUCUCAGUGAUAUUUCUCCUUUGGGAGAUCGAAAAUUAGCUGCUUGUGUGAUAAUACUGCUUUUGGAAUUAUUUUUAGAUGGUGCUAAAGCUGUUAAGAGCGCCGAUAUAGAAAACCAUCUGGAAUUGGGAAAAGAAUUUCUAGCCAGAGGGCAGCUAGCAGACGCCCUUACUCACUAUCAUGCAGCUGUUGAGGGAGAUCCAAAUAAUUACUUAACUUUGUUUAAGCGAGGUACUGUGUAUCUCGCUCUGGGAAAGACUCGUUUUGCCAUUCAGGACUUCGCAAAGGUUCUUGAACUGAAACCAGAUUUUACAGCUGCUAGACUACAAAGAGGAACGGUCUUCAUGAAGUCAGGAGACUACCAAUUGGCAGCGGAGGAUUUUGUUCAUGUGCUCCGAGAAGAGCCUUACAAUGAAGUUGCGAAUGAACACUAUAGCCGAAUUGGCCCAGCUGGAGAACAGUGGACACUAGUUGUUGAUUUAAUGUCGCGCGGAGAUUAUCGCUCAUCAAUAACUCUCCUGACUCAGCUGCUGGAGAUCUCACCAUGGUCGACGGUCUUUCGACAAGCGAGGGCCGACGCAUAUAUCGCCCAGAACGACUACCUAGCUGCAAUAUCUGACUUACGCUCUGUAAACAAACUCACUCAAGACAGUACAGUAGGUUACUUCCGGCUCGCCGAAUUGCUUUACCGAAUUGGACACGCUACAAGUGCCCUCAAAGAAAUUAGGGAGUGUCUGAAACUUGAUCCCGAGCAUAAAGACUGUUUCCCCUUCUACAAGAAGCUGCGCAAGGUGGAAAAGUCCCUGAGCAAUGCCGAAGCAGCGAAAGAAGAGAAACGAUAUGCCGACUGUGUGACAUCGGCUGAGUCAGUACUAAAUCAGGAGAAAGAGGAAGACAUGAUCAUAUUCGAAGCUAAGAAACUGUUGUGUGGAUGUCUCACCCACAAUGAAGAACACACAAAAGCAAUAACCAGAUGCAACCAAGCUCUGGAAAUUAUGAAAGACGCACAAAUCCUCUGUGAUCGCGCCGAUGCAUACAUCGGAGCCGAAAUGUUCGACGAUGCCAUACAUGACUUCCAGGCUGCUCUGGAAAUCGAUGAAAGCCUUCAACGAGCCAAAGAGGGCGUUGAGAAGGCCAAGAGGCUACAGAAGCAAUCUGAGCGAAGAGACUAUUAUAAAAUCUUGGGUGUUAAGCGAAAUGCCAACAAACAGGAGAUUACCAAAGCCUAUCGAAAGGCCGCACAGAAAUGGCACCCUGAUAACUUUAGAGAUGAAGAAAAGAAGGUGGCGGAAAAAAAAUUCAUUGACAUUGCCGCAGCUAAAGAGGUUCUGACAGACCCCGAAAAGCGAAGACAAUUCGAUAAUGGCGAAGAUCCUCUGGAUCCUGAGGGCGGACAACAAGGAUUCCGUGGGGGUGGCAGUCCGUUCGCUCACUUCCAUCACGAUUCUCCGUUCCAGUUUAAAUUCCACUUCAACUAAGUCUCCAUACGCACAUCCACCCGCCAACCACAAAAGACUUCGCCCCCCCUUAAAGCAGAUCCCUCCUGCAAUUCCGAAUCAAUUUAAACUAAACGAAAAACCCGAUUGAAUUUAUUUAGUUCAAGCAUACAGCAUUUAGAAUAACAAAAAGCCAACAUAAACAAAGCACGCCAAUCAGCAAGAUAUUCCAAUUACCAGGAGAGAUGUUUAUUUUAUUUUAUUUUUGAAUAUAUUUAUUUUGUAUUAACGUUCUUAUAUUCGAAACUGCUGAGGCUGACCAAAUAUCGUCAUAAGCAUGCUUAACUAACAUGCACAACGUAAAUUGAGGAGUUAUGUUAUUAAACUUAUACGAAACUUGUAGAAGAGGGAUGCUAGUUUUUUCUUUCUUGUAAAUAGUAGGGUAAUUACGAUAUAUAAACUAUAGCGGUAAUAAAAUCGAAAAGAAAGUUUGUUACCAUA